AUGGCGCGAGGAAGCCAGACUUCGUUUUUCCUUGGGUUGUCCUUUGUGGCAUACUUUGUUUUACUUCUCUCUCCUUUGGGUUUCCUUCAGACAGCAAACGCCGCUGAGUCGGCGCAAGAACCAUUACAAGAGAAUUAUGGAACAGUUAUCGGUAUCGAUCUUGGAACCACAUACUCCUGUGUCGGUGUGAUGCAGAAGGGCAAAGUUGAAAUCCUCACAAACGACCAAGGACACCGUAUCACACCAUCAUACGUCGCCUUUACCGACGAUGAAAGAUUAGUUGGAGACGCAGCCAAGAACCAGGCUGCCGCAAACCCUCGCCGCACCAUCUACGAUGUCAAGCGUAUGAUCGGACGCAAGUUUUCAGACAAAGAUGUCCAGGGUGACAUGAAGCACUUCCCAUUCGACGUCGUGGAGAAGGAUGGAAAGCCAAUGGUCAAGGUUGAGGUUAACGGAAGCCCAAAGAUCUUCACUCCUGAGGAGGUCUCGGCCAUGAUUCUCGGAAAGAUGAAGGAAGUCGCCGAGUCAUACCUGUCCCACAAAGUCACCCACGCAGUUGUUACUGUCCCAGCCUACUUCAACGACAACCAAAGACAAGCCACCAAGGAUGCUGGUGUUAUUGCCGGCUUGAACGUCCUCCGUAUUGUCAACGAACCUACCGCCGCAGCUAUUGCCUACGGUCUCGACAAGACUGACAAGGAGAGACAAAUUAUUGUCUACGAUCUUGGAGGAGGAACCUUUGAUGUUUCUCUCCUCUCUAUCGAGAAGGGUGUUUUCGAGGUUCUUUCUACCGCUGGUGACACUCACUUGGGUGGUGAGGAUUUCGAUCAACGUAUCAUUUCCUACUUCACCAAGAAGUACAACAAGGACAACUCUGUCGACAUCACCAAGGACCUCAAGACCAUGGGUAAAUUGAAGCGUGAGGCUGAGAAGGCCAAGCGUACUCUCUCUUCCCAGAAGACCACCCGCAUUGAAAUCGAAGCGUUCCACAACGGUAACGAUUUCUCUGAGACUCUUACCCGCGCCAAGUUCGAGGAAUUGAACGUUGAUCUCUUCAAGAAGACUCUCAAGCCAGUUGAGCAGGUUCUCAAGGACGCCAAGGUCAAGAAGUCUGAAGUCGACGAUAUCGUUCUCGUCGGUGGUUCUACCCGUAUUCCAAAGGUUGUCGAGCUUAUUGAGGAGUACUUUGGUGGUAAGAAGGCCAGCAAGGGUAUCAACCCUGAUGAGGCUGUCGCUUUCGGUGCCGCUGUUCAAGGUGGUGUCCUUUCCGGUGAGGAAGGUACCGAUGAAAUCGUUCUCAUGGAUGUCAACCCGUUGACUCUUGGUAUUGAGACCACCGGAGGUGUCAUGACCAAAUUGAUCCCAAGAAACACUGUCAUCCCAACCCGCAAAUCUCAAAUCUUCUCCACCGCCGCCGAUAACCAACCCGUUGUCUUGAUCCAGGUCUUCGAGGGAGAGAGAACUUUGACUAAGGACAACAACCAACUUGGAAAGUUCGAGCUCACCGGUAUACCACCAGCUCCUCGUGGCGUUCCUCAAAUCGAGGUCUCUUUCGAGCUUGAUGCCAAUGGAGUCUUGAAGGUUUCCGCUCACGACAAGGGAGCCGGAAAAUCCGAGUCUAUCACCAUCACCAACGAUAAGGGACGUCUUACUCAAGAGGAGAUUGACCGUAUGGUUGAGGAAGCCGAGAAAUACGCCGAUGAGGACAAGGCCACCAAGGAGCGCAUUGAGGCUCGUAACGGUCUUGAGAACUACGCUUUCAGCUUGAAGAACCAGGUCAAUGACGAGGAGGGUCUUGGAGGAAAGAUCGAUGAUGAUGACAAGGAGACUCUCACCGAUGCCAUCAAGGAGACCACUGAGUGGUUAGAAGAGAACGCCGCCACCGCCAACACUGAAGAUUUCGAGGAACAGAAGGAGAAAUUGUCCAACGUCGCCUACCCAAUCACCAGCAAACUGUACGCAGGUGCUGGAGGUGAGGGUGGAGCUGAUGAGGAUGCUGACGUCCACGAUGAGUUGUAG